UGCCGCGGGUUUGCAGCAUACAACCGAAGGAGCACUGAAGGAGAGGGAGACUACCUAAACAGCAAGUCAAGACAAAAAAAAACGGCAUUAUCUGGUUUUCACGGUCAGGUGCUGAGGCUGAAGCCUGGGGAUUUCCCCGUUUUGUUCAAGCUUUUUUGUUCACAUAUUUUAACACUGAGCAGCUUUGCAAAUGGCAAGUCCCGCUGCAGAUAUAGGACAACCACACCAGCGACAUCUCCUCUCCGAAUCGGCCUCCGAGCCCGCGUUUCUAGAAGCGCAGAAAUGGAUUGAGGCGGUCACAGGCAGAUGCUCCGGUGACAAGGACUUCAGGGGAGGCCUGGAGAACGGGAUCCUGCUGUGCGAGUUGCUGAGUGCCAUCAAACCUGGCUUGGUGAAGAAAAUCAACAGAUUACCCACUCCCAUCGCUGGCCUGGACAACCUGAGUGUGUUCCUGCGUGGCUGUGAGGAGCUGGGACUGAAGGGCUCUCAGCUGUUUGACCCCGGGGACUUGCAGGACACCUCAACACGCCCCAAAACCAGGGUUGCCGACUGCAGCAGGAAGCUGACAAAUGUUCUGAUUACCAUAUACUGGCUGGGCCGGGCUGCCAACAGCUGCAUUUCCUACAACGGGCCAACACUUGACCUGAAGGAGUUCGAAGGCCUGCUGUCACAGAUGCGAAAGGAGGCGGAGGAAACGGAGAGCCCCCAACGCAGCAUACGGGACAGCGGCUACAUUGACAGCUGGGACUCGGAGCGCAGCGACUCGCUCUCCCCGCCUCGCCACGGCCGAGAGGACUCCUUCGACAGCCUGGACUCGCUCGGGUCACGCUCCAGACAGACGCCCUCGCCGGACGUACUGGUCACCCGCGGCAUCGGCAGUGAUGGCCGCGGCAGCGACUCAGAGUCCGACGUCGGACCCCACGGGGGCAGGAAGCUGCCGGACGUGCGCAAGGAUGACAUGCUGGCACGGCGGACCUCGGUGAGCGAGCCCAGAGUGAUGGUGCCCUUCAACCAGUACCUGCCCAACAAAAGCAAUGCCAGUGGCUACAUGCCCACACCGCUGCGCCGGAAGAGGGGCGACCGUGAGGGUCGGGAGGAGGACGGUGGCCGAGGCGGGGGCGGGGGCGACCGCAAGAGCUGGAGUACCGCCACCUCGCCCAUAGGAAGCAAUAGACCCUUCAGUCCGACUGAACUCCCAACCCUAGAAGUACCUCCAGUUGUAGCCGCUAUAGAGUCCCCAUCCCCCAAGCUUCAAGCCCAACCCCUUCCCAAACCACAGAAUCAGUCAGAAGAAGAACACAGGAACGAGGAAGAAGAGAAGGAGGAAGAAAUGGAGGGGAGGAAAGAGGAGGAAGGGAAGCUGUCUCCGGCAUGCACUUGGAGGCAGGAGUGGACGGAGAGGGAGGAGGAAUAUGAACGUCACCCCUACAACCCCCCUCAACACUCACAGACCCCCACACUCACCCACGGGGAGACGGCUAUACACCUGACUGGGACUGCUGAGCAAAGCAGUACCCCCGCCCGCUCAUGCUCCGAGGAACUAUACCGCCUGUCGUCUGUGACAACCAGCCCCAUGACGACCUCCAUCGUCGUGACGAGCCCCCCCAGCGCUGGGGACAGCCCGGAAACAACCAGGAAGUUCCCUCCCCCUCCCCUUAUGGACAGGGAGGAGGCAGGUCCAAAGAAGGUGGGGUUGGCUAUAUCCCUGGCGACAGACACCGGGAGGAACAACGACAUGUGGGCUCGCCACGCCCUUACCUCGCCAAAACACAGCAGCACUACCGGUCCAAGCCAGUUCCUGCCUGUUCCUGCAGCCAGGUUAACCACCACACUGAUGGUCGCCUGCCAGGGUCGCAUGGGCAAGUCGGAGGUUGAAGGUCGCGAGGGCGACAAACCGGCGGUGGCGAGACGUCCAUCUUGGCUUGACGAUGACCUCCAGCCAAUAUUCAGUCACAGAGCUGCUAGUGUAUCAGAUGACCCAGAGAGUGUGAGUAUGAUUGACGUGCGCUGUGAGGAGGACGCCAGCUUGCCGCACCACAGCCAGGUGCGCCACGAGCUCAUGCACAACCAGUACAACAUGAUGAAGGAGGAAGAGGACCACUGGCAGGACGACCUAGCCCGGUGGAAGAGUCGCAGGAGAAGCGUCUCCCAGGACCUGAUCAAGAAGGAGGAGGAGAGGAAGAUGAUGGAGAAGCUGAUGACGGGCGAGGGAGGGGCCAUUUCUCAGAGGAGGAAGAGUAUCAAGACCUACCGGGAGAUCGUGGAGGAGAAGGAACGUCGUGAGAACGAGCUCCGCGAGGCCUACCAGUCGGCCCGCACCCCUGAGGAGGCAGCGUUGGUCCUCCACCGCUACGCCCAGCGCUUCACCAUCAGUGAAGCGGUGCUGGAGCGCCUGCAACUGCCCAAGCUGCUGGACAGGAGCGUCUCUGAAGAUCCCACCACUGCCACCAGCACACGUCUCCCCCUCACCCCCAGCUUCCGUUCUCCCAACUCAACCUCCCCGGAAGAAGAUCCAAAUGGCCCUCUGAAGUACCUGAGGCAGCAGUCGCUCCCGGCGCCCAAGUUUACCGCUACCGUCGAGGCCCAAGUGGUGGGGUUCCCCCAGGGUCAGUCUCAUCGCCCCCAGAUUCAGUCACGCACGCCUGAACGAAGCCCCUCUAUCCAGGCUGCCUCGCCUAAAUCUAUUCCUUUGCUGACACCCAAGCCUUACAUCCAAUCCAAGGGCACGCAGAUGCUGGCGGGACCCAAGCCAGGCAAGGUGGACGGCUUGCUGCAAGUGAACGGCGACAUGGGAAACGAUGAGGUCACCACUCCAGAGAGAGACGGAAGAACCUCCCCUGUACGGUUCUACCCUUCCACUGCCACGCCUACAGCCUCCUCUGACCCUUCCGACACACCCCCAUGUGUGGCCACUCCCCCACCCACACAUAGCCCCUCCCCCAGGGCGAGCCAAUUAACAGCCAUGACAACUUUGGCACAGGGUGGCACAAGCACCGCAGUGCCACCUUCUUCAGUGCCAGGAGAAGCCGGCCCACCUAGCCGGCCCACCUCACUGCCCUCGGAGCUGCAGAGCACAGAGAGCAUUGUGGAGGCGGGCGGCAGGUCUGCUGCAGGCCCACUGGGGGAGGAGCCCAACACGGCAGCGGCUGCAGUACAGCCCUCUCCAGCUACAGACUCACAACGCGCUACCAAGGAACAAAGAGAAGUGUGUACGAAUGCCACAGCGACCAGACCGAAUGCCACAGUCCCCUGUCCUGUUCAAUCAGAGCACGCAACACAGCAAGCUCAGCCAAUGACUGCACAGGUCAGUGAGCCCAGCCUGGAAUUGUCUCAGAGUGCAGAGGAAGUUGCUGCCUUGGCUGAUCCAGGACCUGUCAGAAACAAACCACCACGUGAGGCUCCCACAACAGAGCUGGCUAACAGUGCCAGUUAUCCGCCAGAAACCGGCAACCCUAGGUUAGGCCUACGUUGGGAGUUCUUCGCCCCACCAGAGGGGGAGGAGCCGAAGUGUGGUAAAGUGCCGGUCACUCAGGUGUCAUCCCCGGUAGUGAUUCAGGCUAAGCGGGGUGACCGCUGGGCUUGGGACCCAGAUGAGGAACGAAAGCGUCAGGAAAGGUGGCAGCAAGAGCAGGAGCGCAUGCUUCAGGAGAAGUACCAGCGUGAGCAGGAGAAGCUGAAACAGGAGUGGGAGAGAGCGCAAAGAGAGGUGGAAGAGGAGGAGAGGCGGUACCAUGAGGAGGAGCGCAGGAUACUAGAAGAGACUGUGGCCCCCCUGACCCCCCUCUCCUGCAACUUGCCCUCACCCAUCCGGGGUGACGCCCCCACACCAAUGGACCCCCAGGACACCAUCGUCCGGUCGCUGGCCGACUGGGAACGCAAGCAGGAGCUGCUGGAGAGGCAGGGGGGGAGCACAGAGAGUGUGGAAUGGAAACGACAAGACAACGACAGGAGUAGUGACAUCAGCACAGCGUCCAGAGAUGAGAGCCUGAAAACAGCAGUUAGCUCGAUCAGCCAGAACAGCAGUCAGACAGACAAGCUGACUCAGAGUCUGAGGAACGGCCAAAGAGCACCUCCCGCCAUGGCCCUGCCCCAGCCCCCCAGCAAGAAACAACAUCCAGAGGUCUUACUAGACUGCGCCAAACCCAGCCAACAGACGCCCUCUCGGGACAGGAGGUGUGGGUCUAUUGAGACCAUGGGGCCCAGUCCAUUAAAGUCACCCACCACAUGCCCAUCCGACAUGCCUCCAUCUCCAAACAGGUCAGUGAGCGGUAAGAAGCUGUGCUCCAGUUGCGGCCACCCUCUGGGCAAAGGGGCGGCCAUGAUCAUUGAGACCCUCAGCCUUUACUUCCACAUCCAGUGCUUUAAGUGUGGGGUCUGUAAGGGGCAGCUGGGUGACACCACCACGGGGACAGACGUGAGGAUUCGGAACGGCCUCCUCAACUGCCACCAGUGCUACAUCCGCUCCCGCUCAGCCGGCCAGCCAACCACAUUGUGACGACAUUGGGAAAGCACAAGGAUUACGGAGAAAUUGUCUCCCUUCUUUUUUCUCCAGUAAUCGACAUAUGUGUGGAAUGUGUCUUGUCUGUCAAGGCCUAUGUUGGGAUUUUUUGCAAUAUCUGCAAUUCACAUCCCAUGACUUGAUUGAAAUGGGCCAAAAUAUUCCUGACCUUGGGAAAUUGUGUGUGCAUUGAAUAUUAGUGACUGAUCGUAGUAGCCCUAUGGAUUUAUAUUGGCCCUGUAUGAUUACAGCUUUGAGCUUCUCAUUUCCUCGUUUCUAUAUGCACCCACAAGCCCUUGUGAAGACGGUGGCCAUUUUGAUUCUGAGCUCUGAUACUGUAUAUUUGGUGUAGACAGUAUGACAGCCUCCAUCACUUCCAAACUGAAAAGGAAACUCCUGAAAAUACCAAUGCAAUGAAAUCCAACAAACUGAGUUUGGGACUUAGACUAAAUAUGUGCUAAUAAGAAAACCUUUUCUUUGAAUCUCUUGUAUGGAGGUUGUUAGAUAGGCCUAAUUAGUCUUUCGUUUGUAACUUCAGUUUUUAAUUUGUUCCUUAAGAAGGUUGUCAAGAUUUCGAAUUAAAGUGUCAGGUAAUUGUAAUAGAAGUGCAUUCCAUUUUGAUGACUUGAGGUCUUUAGGGGUUAUUUCUUGAUGGUCAGCAAAAGUCUUAGAAAAGCCUGAUUUUUUUUUUUCCUCCUGAUUUAGAUUUUUGCUGAAACCACAAUUAAUCCAAACGCUGGUUUAAAUUCUGGGAGUAAAAUUGUUUUUCUGCCUUUCUUAUAUUUACCGGAAGCUCGAAAAUUGGCUGUUUAUCUUUUAUUUAUUCCCUAUUGCUUUAGUAGCCUACUGGAUUUUUUUUUUAAAUAUACCGCGCUGUUACUAGGAUAUACAUUACCGUAACAUCGCACUUUGGCCUGAAAAGGUCCUCCUUUUCUCUCUUUCUUUGCUCGAAACAAAUAUCCGCUUACAAAGUUAGACGUACUUGAUUUUAGAGCAAUAACAGGAACCGGUGCAUGUGAACUGGAUUGCGCUUGUGGAGGUUAACAUGUGUCAUUUAGUACGGAUGUAUGCUACUGUACUAAACCAUUCGGUUUCCUCUUAACCAAUUCUCUUUAGGAAUGUCACGCUUGAAAUGUCUCAAAACAUGUGCCUUAGGUAAGCAGGUGAUUGCACACGCCAGGGAAGGGAACCCAAUUACGGUGUCCAUUUAAGUAUGACUGGUAAGAACGGGAGGUGUUUGUUCAUUUGAGUAUGAUUGGGUAGGUUUUGGAGGUUUUUGUCGAAAUAGCGCUAAAACACAGAGGACACUGCACCAGGACUUAAAAUCGCCCCCCACUCCAAUUUUUUGUUGUUGAUAUCCCCCUUUAUUUUGGGGGGACUUAUGUCAGAGCCUACCAAACCUUCCAUUUGUUUUUUCGUGAUUUCGUGACAGUGAUGGUCUUUACAAUUUAAACACGGAAUUUAGAAUACAUCUAAGACGUAUGGUGGAAGUAUUUAAUAUCAGCCCUUAGCAACAACAACAAAAAUGCCAUUGUUUUUUUUUUUAUUGUGUUUCCGUAUGUUUUUAUUGUAUUAUAAUGAGUCUAUAUGCCUCUCUGCGCCCUGUUGACAGUGGUGACGAUUUUGGUAAAUGCUCAGCAAUAGAAAACCAUUUUCAACACACACAACAACAACAAAAUCAUUAGGCCUACCUGUUGCGUUGUGAAAUAAUGGCUAAAAAUGGUCUUACGUGAGUAACAUUUGGUUGGAUAUAAACUAAAGAUCAGUGCCAGCAGUUUGAGAAGGUAUACCAGUUGUGGAUGUAUGUUCAAAUGGACGUAGGCCUAUUCCAAAUCAUUUGCUAUGUCGAAAUAAAUCCAUAGCUUACUCUCGUAUCGGAUGUAUGAACCAUUCUCAAAUGUAGCUUACAACUUUGCCCGUCUGGGUACAUUUUUCUGACAUACUGUAUUUUUAAGCUUCGGUUCUGAUUGUGUCUUUUUUUUAACUUUUACUUAGGAAAUGAAUAAAUCUCGUCUAAUUCUGCAGGGGGGGGGCAUCUUUGAGACAGAAAUAUCGAUAUUGUCUUAGCAGGAUGAAUAGCUUGGGAAUUAUAUUUUAUGUCUAAGUUCUGUAUUUAUUGUAAUAUUCACCUGAACACUAUCCGAAUAUAGAUAAAUGUGAUGUUCAAAUGCAAUGGCUUUAUAGUAUACUGUAUGUUUAUAAAUAAAAUGUAACAAAAUAAUUGGA